CGUCGUUUCGAGGCUGCUGUAGACUGUAGGGGUGUAGGACUAGACUCUAGUACUGUCCGUGACCCCCGCGGUGCGACGCCCUCUGAUUCGGGCAGGUUCCUGAGUCCGUUCCUCCUCUGCCCCUACGCUAGUGCCGUGCAGCCAUUAAAGACUAAUUUAAGUGCUCGUCUCGCCCGGGAACCGCAGCCGCCCUCCAGCGCUUGUUGCCAAUGGGUUCCCAGGGACAAGGGUCCGCUAACAGCGGCGAUCCUUUUGCGGGGAGGCCCUUCCAGACGCUGCUCUUUGACCUGGACGACACGCUGUACCCGCUCAGCUCCGGCCUGGCCGCCGCCUGCCGCACCAACAUCCAGGACUACAUGGUGGAGCGGCUGGGCAUCCCUGCGGCCAGCGUGGAUGAGCUGUGCAGCGAGCUGUACUCCAAGUACGGCACCACCAUGGCCGGCCUGCAGGCCGUGGGCCACCACCUCGACUACGACGACUGGCACGACUACGUGCACGGCCGCCUGCCCUACUCCACCGCUCUCACCCCAGACCCCGCUCUGCGCCGCCUGCUCCAGAGCCUGCCCCAGACCAAGUGGGUGUUCACCAACGCGGACACCAAGCAUGCUGCGCGCGUGCUCGACAUCCUGGGCUUGGCCGACUGCUUCCGCGGCGUCAUCUGCUUUGAGUCCAUCCAGGGCGCCCCGCCCCCCUCCUUGUCCGGCCACCCGUCCCCCUGCGCCUCCGGCAGCGCCACCCCCUCCCUCCCCGAGGACGCCCCCUCCUGCCCCUCCCCCUCCGACAGCCCCUGCAGCUCAGGCGCGCCCAGCCCCACCCCCCCCGCUCCCUGCGCCGCGAGAGCUCCCUUGAGACCAUCAAGGUGCCCGCCGCGCGCCCCGCCCAAGCCCCCCUCCCCUGCCUGCUGCGCCUGCUCUUGA